CCUUCUCCUAAUGAUCUCAUCGUCCUGAUAUCGUGUCGUGCGCCCACCGCCCGGCCAAAUAUACUCCGGAACAUCAGGUGAACCCUCUCUUGCUACUCUAUACAACUCCAGCUAAUUCCACACCCCUACUGCAAUACACGGGACCACCAUGCCCUCCGUAGAUCCCAUCCAGGGGAUUAGCUUCACCUCGCUCGUGACCAACGACCCCGCCAAGUAUGCCCAAUUGGGCCAGUUCUACCACCAGCUUGGCUUCCGUUUGACCAAAAACUACUCGAAAGUGUCCAACAACGGCGCAGCUUCGGCAUCCAACAACCCACGCCUCCACCUUGGCAUCUCCAACGACUCCUUGAACGAGUUGUGGGUGGAGAGCUUCCCGCUCCAAAACGUGGACGCCAAUGGCCACAUCUUGCCCUGGCAGGAGUUGCCUGUCUACAACGGCGACAACUGUGCUCCUCUCAGCGCCUCCACCGUGUUGAAGCUCCGGUUGUCCAAUCUUACUGAAGUGGACGAAACGCCACGAGAAUUGUGCUUCUUUUCCACCGAUUUGCCUCGAGUUGCAGAAAUAUUGGCUGCCAACAACACCACUUUUGAGCAGCAAACCGACCAGAUCGUGGCUCGCGAUCCGUUGGGCAACCGUGUUGUGUUCUCCAGCCGUGAAAACCCAUUAGCGCCCAGAUCGUACGCUUCUGCCGAAGAGUACUUGCAAGUGAAGUCCGACGAGCUCUUGAAGGCAUUGCACAAGAACGAUCCGACAGCCAACGAAGACAAACCGGUGCAGGAGUUGAAGAAGAGAAAGAAGAUUGGGGUGAUGACAUCAGGAGGUGACGCUCCAGGUAUGAAUCCAGCCGUCAGAGCUGUUGUUCGUGCCGCCAUCUACCACGACUGCGAUGUGUUUGCUGUGUACGAAGGCUACGAGGGAUUGGUUAAGGGAGGCGACCUCUUGCGCCAGAUGGACUGGAACGACGUGCGCUCGUACUUGUCCCUUGGAGGCACUGCCAUCGGAACUGCCAGAUGUGCUGAGUUCCGUGAACGUGAAGGCAGAUUGAGUGCUGCUGCCAACAUGAUCAGAAACGGCAUUGAUGCAUUGAUUGUUUGUGGAGGAGACGGCUCGUUGACGGGAGCCGACUUGUUCAGAAGCGACUGGCCCUCGUUGGUCCAGGAAUUGGUCGAUAACAAAACUUUCUCGCCCCAGGAAGUGGCUCCCUACAAGCAUCUCACGAUCGUGGGGUUGGUGGGGUCCAUCGACAAUGACAUGGCAUGUACAGACUCUACCAUUGGUGCGUACUCGUCGUUGGAGCGCAUCACAGAAAUGGUCGACUAUAUCGACGCCACUGCCACCUCCCACUCGAGAGCUUUCGUGGUCGAGGUCAUGGGAAGACACUGCGGGUGGCUAGGCUUGAUGUCCGGGUUAUCGACGGGUGCAGAUUACAUUUUCAUCCCCGAAAGACCACCAAAGGCUGGCGAGUGGCACCAGGAAUUGAAGAACAUCUGUUCAAGACACAAGGCUAAGGGCAAGAGAAGAACCAUUGUGAUUGUGGCCGAGGGUGCCAUCGACGACCAACUCAACGCCAUUUCUGCCGACCAGGUCAAGGAUGUGUUGGUAGAGUUGGGCUUGGACACCAGAAUCACCACCUUGGGCCACGUCCAGAGAGGAGGAACAGCUGUGGCUUCAGACAGAUUGUUAGCCACCUUGCAAGGUGUCGAUGCUGUCAAGGCGGUGUUGGAAAACACUCCCGACACUCCUCUGCCCAUGAUUGGUGUGUUGGAGAACAAAAUCGUGCGUCAGCCGUUGAUGGAGGCAGUCAGGCUCACUAAGUCGGUGGCCACAGCCAUCGAAAGCAAGGACUUCGACAAGGCCAUGCAGUUGCGUGACUCCACGUUUGCUGAGGCCUACGACAACUACCUCACCACCGCGCUCCAGGACGACGGACUGCUUGCGUUGCCAGAAGAUAAGCGGUUGAACAUCGGAAUCGUACACGUCGGAGCGUCGUCUGCCGGUUUGAACUCGUGUACCAGAGCAGCUGCAUUGUACUGCUUGUCAAAGGGCCACCGUUGUUACGCAAUUCAUAACGGUUUCAGUGGGUUGAUUAGCGAGGGAAAGCUCUGCGAGUUGGACUGGCUCGACGUUGAGGACUGGCACAACAAGGGUGGCUCUGAGAUUGGAACCAACCGGUCUCUUCCGCUGGAAAACUUUGGAAAAGUCGCCUACCACCUCCAGAAGCACGCGUUGGACGGCUUGAUCCUCAUUGGGGGCUUCGAGGCGUUUACGGCAUUGAACGAGUUAAACGAGAACAGGGCCAAUUAUCCCGUGUUCGAGAUCCCCAUGGUAAUGAUCCCUGCCACUGUUUCAAACAACGUACCAGGAACCGAGUACUCGUUGGGCUCCGACACCUGCUUGAACCAGUUGGUCAACUACUGUGAUGCCGUACAACAGUCGGCAUCCUCGUCCAGAAGAAGAGUGUUCGUUGUGGAAGUCCAGGGAGGCCACUCGGGUUUCGUGGCAUCCUACUGUGGCUUGAUCACAGGUGCCAUUGCCACUUACACUCCCGAGAGCAAGAUCAACUUGAAGACCAUCCAGGAGGACAUCUCGUUAUUGUACGACGUGUUUGCCAACGACCGUGGCGAGGACCACAACGGUAAAUUGAUUGUGCGUAACGAACAGGCUUCCUCAGUGUACUCCACCGAGCUCAUUGCCGACAUCAUCAAGGAGAGUGCCAAGGGCCGGUUCGAGACCAGAACCGCCAUUCCUGGCCAUGUCCAACAGGGUUACACUCCAUCGUCCAUGGACAGAGUCAACGCCGUGCGGUUUGCGGUGAGAUCCAUCCAGUUCAUCGAGGAGAGGACUUCGAGCACUGGCAGUGGUGCCUCUGCCGUGGUGCUCGGGGUCCAGGGAGCCCAGCUCCAGUUCUCGGAUAUCAACGAGUUAUACACCAAGGAGGCCAAUGUGGGCUUGAGAAAGGGAAAGACCGUGCACUGGGAGUCGUUGCGCGAGGUGGGAGACAUGUUGAGCGGAAGGCUCAUGUUGAGAGAGAAGAGAGGGGAGGUUUAGACUGGAUAGUCUGAUUCUGGAAGCAUAAGCUCCGUAUAUAAGUACAUACUACGUUAGUAGAAAUAUAGCUAUAAAGUUCAUACUGGUGUAGAAGAAUCCGCUGAAUAGCAAGGAAACACCGAAUAUACUACAGAACUACCGUUUGUAGAAUCUAUUCCGGUGGAUUUUCGCUAUGUUAACUCAAGUAUGCA